AGAUGAUGGUAAUAAUUUCAUAAAUGAUACCAGUGAAAAUUGCUUACAACCUCAAAACAGAGAAAAUUUUGACAGUAAUAGAAAUAACCAUGGAAAACAAAUAAUCAAUAUAUGCAAAAAUACUGACAUGAGAAUUCUAAAUGGUAGAACCAAAGAAGACUCAUUAGGUAGACCCACUUUUCAUGGAAGAAAAGGUACAAGUGUUGUGGACUACAUUAUAUGCGACCAAAAUACUUUUCAAAAUGCGAAAUAUUUUGCUGUCAAACCACCAAGUACAUACUUGUCUGAUCACAGCAAAAUCAUUGCAUGGAUUGAUAUUCAGAAAACAAUAAAUAUUGACAAAAAUAACUACCCCCAACCUCCAUUGCAUAAAUUACCACUUCAGUUCAAAUGGUCACAGAAUUCUAAUACUAGUUUCAGACAAACUUUGAAAUCACCUGAAAUCCAGCAAAACUGA